UGCUUAGAAGUUCUCCGGUCCACGAAAGAAGAGAACCAAUCCAUCUGGUUGUUUCACUUGCGAGCUAUUUAUUAUUCAAUCAGCAGCUUUUAAAACUUGUUAAAAGGAGGGUAGUACCUUGCUUAGGAACUCUCGCUUCCUUUCUCCUCUCCUCUCUCUCUCUCUCUCUCAGUCUCUCCCCGUGUCUUCCCUUGUUUUCUCCUCUCUCCUUUCUUUAGAAAGCCUCAGCUCCCACAGAUCACCCAGAGUCAAUACUGAUAUUGCUACUCUGUUCUUGACCUGCUCUGCACUUCUAAGAUUUCCUCACUAGUGAGGUGUCAUACUGAAGAGAGAUGGACAGGAAGGGUGUGAUAAUAUGUGGGGUUGUGGGGUUCUUGGGGCUGCUUUCAGCUGCUACAGGUUUCGCUGCUGAGGCCACCAAGAUAAAGGCUUCUGAAGUGCGGUCGGUAGGUUCUAUACGGUGUGAAUACCCAAGCAGUCCUGCUCUGGGUCUUGGUUUAACAGCUGUACUAGCUCUCAUGAUCGCCCAAGUGAUCAUUAAUAUGGCAACGGGGUGCCUUUGCUGCAGAAGAAACCCUCAUCCAUCGAACUCUAGUGGGACAAUUGCAGUUAUCUGCUUCGUUCUUUCCUGGUUCACGUUCGUCAUCGCGUUCUUCUUGUUGCUAGCAGCGUCUGCGCUAAACAACCGGCAUGGUGUGGAUAGCAUGUACUUCGGGUAUUAUUAUUGUUAUGUCGUGAAACCCGGUGUGUUCGCAGGAGGUGCCCUCUUGUCCCUUGCUACAGUUGCCCUUGGAUUGAUCUCAUAUCUCACCUUGACUUCAGCCAAAAAUAACACCGACCAAGGCUGGGGCAACGCGCCUGUGCCUAAUCAAGGAGGCGUGGCUAUGGGACAUCCGCAAUUCCCUCCUCAAACCGGGGCAGAUCCUGUUUUCGUACACGAAGAUACCUACAUGAGACGGCAGUUUACAUGAUGUAUAUGUGAAGAUCAUGGGGAUACGCCUCUCGGUGGCUGCCCACCAUCAUUAUAAGAAGUGUAGCGUUGCAAUCUGCUUUAAAGAACAUCUUUUAUUUGUAAUGUUAGCUGCCUAGGACAAUUCUUCAUCCUCAAUGUUUCGGUUUGAGAAGGAAACGGUAUACCAGCGUAGGCCUAACUGCGUGUGUGUGUGUGUCUACAUUUAGCACGUCAAACAUUUUCUCGAUAGCGGAUUAGAUGGUUUUGAGUGUGGCGAUGUUGUACAUGCGCAGACAGUGCGAUACAUGAUGUAUCUGGAUGUGAUUCUCUG